ACCCGCCGCGACUCAGCUUCUCCUCAGAUCCCGAGGAUGCUGGUCAUGGCGCCGCGAACCCUCCUCCUGCUGCUCUCGGGGGCCCUGGCCCUGACCGAGACCUGGGCGGGCUCCCACUCCCUGAGGUAUUUCUACACCGGGGUGUCCCGGCCCGGCCGCGGGGAGCCCCGCUUCAUCUCUGUCGGCUACGUGGACGACACGCAGUUCGUGCGGUUCGACAGCGACGCCCCGAAUCCGAGGGAGGAGCCGCGGGCGCCGUGGGUGGAGCAGGAGGGGCCGGAGUAUUGGGAUCGGAACACGCGGAUCUACAAGGACACCGCACAGAUUUACCGAGUGGACCUGAACACCCUGCGCGGCUACUACAACCAGAGCGAGGCCGGGUCUCACACCAUCCAGGAGAUGUACGGCUGCGACGUGGGGCCGGACGGUCGCUUCCUCCGCGGGUACAGUCAGGACGCCUACGACGGCGCCGAUUACAUCGCCCUGAACGAGGACCUGCGCUCCUGGACCGCGGCCGACACGGCGGCUCAGAUCACCAAGCGCAAGUGGGAGGCGGCCGGUGCUGCGGAGCAACUCAGGAACUACCUGGAGGGCAGGUGUGUGGAGUGGCUCCUCAGAUACCUGGAGACCGGGAAGGACACGCUGCAGCGCGCAGACCCUCCAAAGACACACGUGACCCAUCACCCCAUCUCUGACCGUGCGGUCACCCUGAGGUGCUGGGCCCUGGGCUUCUACCCUGAGGAGAUCUCACUGACCUGGCAGCGUGAUGGGGAGGAUCAGACCCAGGACAUGGAGCUUGUGGAGACCAGGCCCUCAGGGGACGGAAACUUCCAGAAGUGGGCGGCCCUGGUGGUGCCUUCUGGAGAGGAGCAGAGAUACACGUGCCAUGUGCAGCACGAGGGGCUUCAGGAGCCCCUCACCCUGAGAUGGGAACCUCCUCAGCCCACCGUCCCCAUCAUGGGCCUCAUCGUUGGCCUGGUUCUCUUGGUGGUCACUGGAGCUGUGGUGGCUGGAGCUGUGAUCUGGAGGAAGAAGCACUCAGGUGAAAAAGGAGGGAACUACGCUCAGGCUGCAAGCAGUGACAGUGCCCAGGGCUCUGAUGUGUCUCUCACGGAUCCUAAAGGUGAGACCCUGGAGGGCCUAGACUGGGAGAGGUGUUGGGGCCGAGGGGAUGCCCCGGGUGGUGGGGAUCUUUGAGUGGGACAUUUGAGC